AUGGUUGCCAAGAACGUUUGGCUGACUGUGGUGGAGACUCUGCACCCGCACCACAGCACCUUCAAGGAACGUGUACAGAAGAUGGGCAAGGCCAUUGCGCAGGGCCACCGCAUUCGAAAUGCUCCCUCCGUUUUCCUCCCGGGUCGCAUGGCCUUCGAGUUUGACACAGACCUGGAGAUGGGCAAGACCGACAUUCCUCGCAUUGUCUACAUGAGCAAGGAGGAGGUCCCCAUUAGUGAGAUGGGCAAGCGGUCGUCUGGCAUGCUUCCAGAGACAGCAAUCAAGGUGCGCGAUGCAAUGCAGAAAGCAGCCGAAGACAAGAAGCGAAGGAAAGAACAAAAAAACAUGGGAGGAGGAGCAAGCUACGCGACAGCCCAGAAGGUGGAAGCCUCCAAGGUGAAAGCCAGGGACAGCGACAACGACAUCUUUUCUGGUGCCGGAGCUUUCGAUGUGAACGAAAUCGUGCAGAAGGCAAGAGCAGAACAGGCUGCCAAACGAGAGAAGGCGGGCAUCAAGCAAGAGGAGGAACAGCCUCCACCCAAGCUUAAGAAGAGCUCCUACUUCGACGAUGCCGGGGAUGAGAAGUACAGAAAGGCUCCUGAUCGACAGCUUGACCUGGAGGAGAUCGAGGUUGAGGAGUCGACCUUGGAGCCUGGUGAAUUUCACAAACCCACUGGCCGAUUCGAGCCUUCCAAGAAGUUUCGCGGCGCACGCAAAAACUGGGUGUUCAAGCUCGGCGAGGAAGGCUUGGGAUACUACGAGGAGGUACCGCCAAAGAAGGUCAAGCCAGCAGAACCUAAAAAGCCGGAGAAGGACCCGAGGAAGCGCAAGCAAGCUGCUUCGAGUAGUGCAGCGCAAGGCAUGGGCAACCCUGGUAAUGAAGCUUAUGAUGAGCUUUUCCCAAGUGCAAUGAUGGGUGGGGCGAUGAUGACCACGCAUAGUGAUGACAGUGAUGAUGAAGACGGCAAGAAGAAGAAGCAGAAAGGCAAAGACGGCAAAAAGGGUACGGUGGAGGACAGCGUUGCCGCCAACAAGAAAGGCGCAGAGGCCAAGAAGAAGAAAAUGAACGAGAACCAGCAGUGGCAAAAAAUCGAUAACAUGAUCAAGAAGGGCAAGGUCACAUCCAUGGAGUCUAUGGAGGCCCAGGCAUCGAAAAAGACAGGGAAAACAUCUCAUUUGGCAACGCCAGCCUUCUUCUGA